AUGGACAAUCCCUCUCAGCCAUCAAUCGCUCAACUCCCUUACUCUUUCCCGCUUUCCCCACCGAGCUCAACGUCGCCCUCAGUGCCCUCGUCGCCCCGCCGCCCCUCUCGCCGUUCACAAAGCCCAGCCCACAUCCCGACGCACUCUGCGUACACCCGCUCCCGCUCACAUGCUUCAUCUAUCGCUGACGACGAUGGCUACCUUACCGAGCGGACCUCGCCCUCCGCCCGUAAACGCAGACGCACCGCUACCCGCGCUUUGACCCUGCCGGCCUCGCCUCCUGCCCCAAUCAAGCAUCAUGCACAUCAGUUGCAGCAUAUACGCGUUGAGCCACCAAAGCCCGUUCGUCCCCUGUCUCGCCGCUCCUCAGAGUCGUCGCUCUCGUCGCUCUCGUCGUCGUCUCCAAUUACCGAGAACGAUCACCAAGCCCAGGGUAUCGGCCGAAAGGUUGCUGCAUCCCUUCAGCUAUUCAAAGAGUCCUCACGCUCUCGGUCUGUGGAUGGGGAUGAGCAGGACAAGGUGGAUUUGCCUAUUGUUGAGUCGCCCACUUCCGUCAAAGAGGAACUAGACAUUGCAGAGCCUCAAUUCCACUUCGUUAAACGCUCGGAGUGGCCAGAUCGAGAGUCUGCUGCAUCACGUCGUGGAAAGAGCGCCGCCGGACCAUCAAAAGACCCGGAGCGAUCAAUUCAUGAACGCAAGCAUUCCUUUGUGCGAGACUCGGCUCUCGACGGUCUCACUCAGUGGCGCAAGGAUGUGAUAGAGCACGCAGGUUCUUCUACUUUGUCUAGAGGUAGGCGUCGAGAACGGAUGCCUGAUAUUGAUGCCAUAUCGCCGCGCUCCCGCGUUUAUCCCCCUUCCCCAUCUCCAUCUCGACCACCUGUCAAUCGUGUACCGUCAUCUUUGUCAAUACACAAUCUGUCAAUCCUCGAGCAAGACGGAGAAUAUGAUCAUCCGCCUCCUCCUGUAGAACCAGCCUCUCGUGGUAGGCCAUCACCUGAUGCCUCCAUGCUUGUCUCCCCUGAUGACGACGACGACGACGAGCAGAAACAUGAAAGGGGUCUUCAACGGGUGCGACCGGCCGACCCAUCCGACCAACUUGCACGUAUCGGGCAGUCAGAUGAUGACGGGGAUGUCCUCGCUAGUUCAUCCGAGUUACAUCUACCCCACAUCCCUCUUCGGCCGUUUCGGAACCAGGUCGGAGGACAUAGUGCCAUUUACAAGUUCACGAAGAGAGCCGUUUGUAAGCCUUUAGUUUCGCGGGAAAAUCUCUUCUAUGAGUCCGUAGAACGUGAAGCUCCUCCUUUGCUCGGUUUCAUUCCCCGUUACCUUGGCGUUAUGCUGGUCAGCUACCGCCGGGUGCCCAAAGGAGUGGCUGGUAAAAGCUCCGGUCCGCCAUCUCCGACGUCGACGAAGCACUCCCGUCCAUUGUUGAAGGGGGCUCCCAUGUCCACCCCGUUACACAAGCGUGACGUUUCGGUCUUCUCCACAGGUGACACUCCUCCGUACAACAAGACUUUCUCAGCCCUGGAGCGCCCAAGGACACUGGACCAUCUUGACGGCGUAGACGAACAAGAACCACUUUCAGCUGACCAGAAUGGGCACGGACCUACGGACAACAUCCAUCUUGAUGACUUUCCGUCUCCUGAUGACGCUGGUGGCGGUGACACUGAACCUGAGCCAGAAGCAGAAUUGCCUGAGGUGGCGCUUGACCGAAACCGGCACAUAAUUCCGGAAUACUUGCUGCGAAGCCGGCAUCGUUCGCUUUCGUACUCCAACAUCCAUCUCAGCGGGCGGUCCGCGUGCGCAGCGCGUCGUUUGAGUAGAUUGGGAUUGGAUGGUGCUACUGCGUCGAGUCCCGACCUGGGAAUUCCCGCCAGUCGGCCUACGUUGAAUCCUAGUGGUUUGGCGGUGACGAGGCCCAGUCCGUUGUCCUGUCAUUCUCCAUCCAGUCCUUCAGACGUCGGGGAUGGCAUCGAUGCGCUGCCUGCAGAAGCCCCCACGCCAGUAAACUCGCCGAGCCGCUCCACGUUGCGCCAAAGCCUUCUGACAGAGACUCAGUUUCCUUCAUUACUUACUCAACCAAACGAGGGUUCAGAUCUACGUCGACCAGGCCUCUUUGGCACAAUGUCGGAGAGCGGUAUCCACUUCGGAACUUCCCCUGGAUUUGAUGGCACCGGGUCUACGAUGGUAAACACCAAGUUGAAAGACCAUGUGUUCAGUACGAUCUUGCGGCGGCUACGGAGGCGUACCGGUGGGCGACUCCGUUCGGGUGUGGCGACUGAAGACGAAGGCCAGACCGAUGAACAUAGUGAAGGUCGCAUAAAAAAGAUUACCGAUAAGGUUCGUAAGGUCCGUCGUCGGCUGAGUAUGCGGCUUGGUAGUGGUGGGGUGGAUGUCGAAGAUGAGGGAAAUGUAGAAGAUGACGAAGGCGCUGCCGACGACGAGGCUGACGACGACCUUGGGGGCGAUCACCAAGUCCCAAUACGGAGGACCCAAAGCGAUGGGAUGAUAACAAGUCCCUCGUUGCUGUCACGCGACCAACAAAAUAAAGACAUUAUGGGCAUAUUCGAGAUGGAUCUUGAUGACUCGCCGCCAGAGAGAGACACGAUUCAAUGGCAAUCUAUGGCGCCAGGGCAUGGCUUGGAGACAGAUGUCAGGCGUCGGAGUCGCUCGCGGUCGGUUGGGUUUCCCAUGUCUGGUAAAACCUUGUCACCCAUUCGGCCACUCGGUCCACACUCGCCCCUACGCUCGAAACAAUUGCGCCUUUCUCGGUCGCCUCGCCUGAAUCCCUAUCUCCAGCCACACACCAGCAGCGCACACGACUCGGAUACGGGAGUGACUCGACAGAACCACUUCAUUCUCAUGGAAGAUCUGACUGGACGCCUUAAGCGCUCCUGCGUCAUGGACCUGAAGAUGGGCACACGCCAAUAUGGAAUGGAUGCGACGCCGUUGAAGAAGAAGAGUCAACGUAAGAAGUGUGAUCGCACGACCAGUCGGUCGUUGGGUGUCAGGGUUUGCGGCAUGCAGGUUUGGAAUCAUGUGACGCAGUCAUACGCCACGCAGAACAAGUACGCUGGACGCGAGGUUCGCCCGGAGGAGUUCGCUUCCGUCUUAUCAUCUUUCUUGUUCGAUGGGGAACGGCUCUUGGCGUAUCAAAUCCCAGUCCUGCUCCAGAAGAUUUACAAUCUUGCUAAGAUUAUCCGGCGUUUGAAUGGGUACCGCUUCUAUGGGUGUAGCUUAUUGCUCAUUUACGAUGGCGACCGCGAGUCCCAGGAAGCAUUCCAGUCAUACGUUCAGGAACACCCGUCUUCGAGGAGCAAGCGUGGAGAGUCACUAGAGAGGCAGUCGUCGUCCCGCCUCAAGUCCCCCGUCGGCGACAAGGCAGAUGUACAAGGUCGUCUGCGCCGUUCGCAUAGUGAAGACCUGUUGGCAGGGCCUGUGGGAAAGCGGUCAAGCGGUCGGAGAAGGCGGGGCGAAGUGAAUGUCCGGAUUGUCGAUUUCGCCCAUACCACGACCGGUCAUGAUUGGAAACCCUAUCCACCAUCGAUGGCAAAUAAGGUCAACGGAACUAGCGAGCGGGGCAUGCCUGGUACCGAAGUGACGUCCAGCUCGAAAGGAUAUUGCGCCGAGGUCGACCCCGAAACCGGGCUUAUAUACGCGCGUUUUCCUCCACACUAUCCCGAUCAGCCCGACUGCGGCUUUCUGUUCGGACUGAAGAACCUAGCACUCGCCCUCGAACAAAUAUGGAACGAGGAGCGCAUCCGGAGAAUCAAAGCGGCGCGGGAUAAGACCGGGUUGGGUAAGGAUGAGUGGCAGUUACCGCCGUUGCCCACGGACGGUAAAGAGAUCUUCGAUGAGAUAUUUGGCACGGGUGAUGAGGAGGAUAUGGGGAUGAUAUCCACUUAG